AGAGAAGAAAAUUCUGAUCUUCGAGAAAGGAGGGACGGAGAACGAAGCAACAGCUAUCGUAUAUAGCAUAUGGGUAUCGACACAAUGAAGCCGUCGAUGAAGGUGGGAGUCGUUGCAUUGGUUGGAGUAUGUGUGAUUCUCUAUCAAUAUCACUUAUCACUGGGUGUGAGAUUUGAUCAGUUGGCAGAUCAAUUAAGUUCCUUCGAUUCUGCUGCUGUCUCUUAUGGCAUUGCUAAUAUUCCAGAUGCUGAGGAUGCAGGAGAUGCUGAUAACGAUCACAACAAAAUUACCGUGGAAAAGAUACGUGCAGCAGUUCAAUCUGUCCAGAUUGAACAUGGUUUAAGUCCCCAGAUAGGUAAUGUUUUAGUUCAAGAACUGACAAGUAUAUUAAGUAAAACUGGAGCACCAACCCAAGUGAGAAAUACCGAGGAAUCCACAAAGCAUCCAUCGCGAAUAAGUGAAACUACUACCGUGAACUUGGCGUCAACACGAGAGUUGCCUUCCCAGAGGUCUAACAGCUUAUUGAAACCACUCUACAUUAUAACACCGACUUACCGAAGACCUGAGCAGAUUCCAGAACUAACUAGGAUGUCUCAUACUUUACUUCUGAUUGAGAAUGUUCAUUGGUUAGUUAUAGAAGAUGCCAAAACUCCUACUAAGGAAGUUACGAAAUUCUUGACUCGAACCGGUCUAAAAUUUGAACAUCUUACGGCCCCAAUGCCUGUUAAAUACAAACAGAAGAAAGGUGCUAAACCACGAGGGGUUUCUAAUCGAAAUCGUGGAUUAAAAUGGAUCAGAGCGAAUGCCACUGACGGAGUAUUUUAUUUUGCUGACGAUGACAAUACUUAUGAUUUAGAUUUAUUCGAUGAGAUUCGUGAGACGAAGAAGGUGUCGAUGUUCCCUGUGGGAUUGUGUACGAAAUUUGGCCUAAGUUCCCCAGUCGUAAAAGACGGAAAGUUCAUUGGAUUUUACGAUGGGUGGGUUGCGGGUCGAAAGUUUCCUGUAGAUAUGGCAGGCUUUGCGGUCAACGUCAAGUUCCUUCUUCAAAGACCCAAUGCUACGAUGCCUUAUCGUGCUGGUUUUGAAGAAGAUGGCUUCCUCAGAAGUCUAGCACCAUUUGAACCACAUGAGAUUGAAUUACUCGCUGAUAAUUGUACGAGAAUUCUUGCGUGGCAUACUCAAACAAAAAAGAACGAACCAAGUGCGCCAUUAGACAUGAAACUUUAUCGUUCUACGAAUCUUGUUGAUUUGAAACAACAAAUCGUUUGAUACCAAAGAAAAAUAUACAAAUUACAUUUUUAAAUAGUGUGAAAAAAAUGUACUCAAAAUGCUGGUCAAGAUGUGAUGGAAAUGAAAAAUGAUGAAUUUGUUCCGGAAGAUGAACAGCAAACGAUGUGAUCCAGUGCCUAUAAACAACCCCACCGUCUCCGAAUCGAUAUUUUAAAAGAUCGAUGAGGAUAUUAUAUUUAGAACGCUACAAAUACGGAGAUUUGUUUUGUAUUCACUUUUACAAUUUUUCAUGCUGAGGUUUUGAUAUAAAAUACUCAGUGAAAUUUGCACUUCUUGAAUAGUGAAUGACAAAAAAAAUAUCAAUCCGGCCGCAAAAAUAAUUUAGUUAUAAAUAAUUAGACAACAAAAAAAAGAUGUAAUUUUAUUAAUUAAAAAUUAUUGAAAGAUUUAGUUUUUAAAAGGUGAUAAAAGUUUGAGCGCUUCCGAGUUGUGCAAUAAAUUCUAUUGCUCCUAAGAUUGAGAAUGGAAACAAAAUAAUUAUAUUUAGUACCAGGUACUUAAGUGUUCGCAUAUAAUGAAAAAAAAAAAAGGUAAUACUCAAGAGUGAUUGACCAGUUUUGGCUUCCACAAUAUUUUAUUCUCACACAAUGGUGAAAAAUCAGAAUCUCCAAAAAUUCUAUAUUUAAUUUUAGAAAUUAAUUUUUAAACAAAUUAUUACUUCUCAAAUGUUAAAUAAGUUUAGUUGAAAUAAAAAUCAACAAUUUCUUGAAAACUAUCAAUAAAUUUAAUUGAAACUUUCUUGAUUGAAAUAGUUUUUGUUUUCAUUUAGUAUAUGAAAAACCCAAGUAUUUUUACCAAAUAAUAAGAUUAAAAUCAUUAGUAAUACUCAAUAUAAUAAGAGCAAAAUGAAUAAGCAAUAAUAAAUAACGGAGCUUAGAAACUGAUACAUAAAAUGUAUUGUUACGUGAGCAUUUAAUAAAGUGCAUCAUUUAUAUAUUUAUUUGUAGCAAAUGCAUUGGGACUUUUGCACAACUAUUUAAUUAGUAUAAGUUUUUAGAAUAAAAAAAUUAAUUAACUAAAUUCCGAAAAAAAAAAAAAUAGUCUUAUAUCAAAGACAAU